ACACAAUGGAUCUAAACUGAGCGAAGAUGAAGCAAUGGAUGUUGCCUCUGGCCAUUCGGCCUUUGUUUCUCUUGCUCCCAAUACUGCAACAAGUUGGUUCAAGCAAGUGUAGCAACAACAGUUAUUUGAUCAACGUGAUGCUCAUGGAUAAUACAGAUUUCCCAGUAACUGCUUCUGAUUUGAUGUCAGCUGUGAAACAAGCCUUGGAAAUUAUACAAGAGCAGUUCCAGAUGGAAGGAGUAAAUGUUACAGUAGAUGCUAGCUUCCACAACUUUAGCACAUCACUAUAUUUCUCACAAGGCUGUCGUACCAGCACCUGUGAAGGGGUGGACCUCAUCAGGCAAAUUUAUAGUAAAGGCUUACUUGGCUGUGCUGUCAUAGGACCUGCUUGCACUUAUGCCACCUACCAAAUGGUCUCAGUGGACACCAUACUGAGCAUGCCUCUGAUCUCUGCAGGGAGUUUUGGACUGUCCUGUGACUAUAAAGAAAACCUAACCCGCAUUCUGACCCCGGCCAGGAAACUGAACGACUUUUUCCACUAUUUCUGGAAUAACGCCGGUUUGCCUUUCAAAACUACAGCCUGGGAAUCUGCCUACAUUUACAAGAGGAAUGAGAACUCAGAGGUUUGCUUCUGGUACAUGAAUGCUUUAGAUGCUGGAGUAACACAAUUCUCUGAAAACCUGAAGGUCAAGGAAAUUUUAAGGACUUCAGACCAGUUUAAAAAAACUGUGAAGGAUCCAAACCGGAAGAGCAAUGUGAUCAUCAUGUGUGGUUCUCCUGCUGACGUCAGCACUGACCUAGGGACGGAGCAAGUGGAUGAAGACAUAAUUAUCAUCCUGAUAGAUCUCUUCAAUAACACAUACUUCAAGGACAACAGCUCAGACAGUUACAUGCAAAAUGUACUUGUCCUGACCCUUCAGCCACCUGAUAACAACUCAAAUACCACAAAGAUUGAUGAAGCCAUCCAGGUAACUACAGAUGAAAACGAUUUUGUUCUUGGCUAUUUUAAUGCAGUCUUGCUUUUUGGACAUAUUCUGAAGAAAUUAAUCUCCUUCCAGAAACCAGUUUCGCCUGCCAGUUUAAUCGAUGAAUUCCGAAAUGUCACUUUUGAAGGUGCACGAGGUCCUGUGACUCUAGAUGAAUUUGGAGACAUUGAUGUCAAUCUGACCCUGCUGUAUACAUACCAGUCUACACAUUUCAGGACUCUCCUGUAUUUUGACACUCACAAGAAUGAGACACGUCCACUGACUGCCAGUCCGGAUUUUGUCUGGAGAAGCCACAAGCUGCCUAAUGAUACUCCAGGCACUGGUCCACAUGUCUUGACUAUUGCUGUCUUUACACUUGCUGGAAUUGUGAUUCUGGUUCUGAUCAUCUCUUUGUUUGUUCUAAGGAAGUACAGAAAAGAUAAUAGACUUCGAAAUAAGAAAUGGUCCCAUAUACCACCUGAGAAAAUCUUACCUCUGGAGACCAGUGAGACGAGUUAUGUUAGUUUGAAGAUUGAUGAAGAUAAAAGGCGUGACACCACCCAAAGACUGCGCCAAGGCAAAUAYGAUAAGAAGGUGGUGAUCCUAAAGGAUCUCAAGAACAACGAUGGUAAUUUCACAGAGAAGCAAAAAAUAGAACUGAACAAGCUUCUACAGAUGGAUUACUACAACCUGACCAAGUUCUAUGGCACUGUGAAGAUAGACACCAUGAUUUUUGCAGUGAUUGAGUACUGCGAGAGAGGUUCCUUGCGGCAUGUUUUAAAUGAUAAAAUCUCCUACCCUGAUGGCACUUUCAUGGAUUGGGAAUUUAAAAUCUCUGUUAUGUUUGAUAUUGCCAAGGGAAUGUCUUACCUGCACUCAAGCAAAACCGAAGUCCAUGGUCGACUUAAAUCCACGAAUUGUGUAGUGGACAAUCGCAUGGUGGUGAAGAUCACUGAUUUUGGCUGUCAUUCAAUUCUACCACCAAAGAAAGACCUGUGGACGGCUCCUGAGCACCUUCGCCACGCUAAUGUGUCUCAGAAGGGAGAUGUGUACAGCUACGGGAUCAUUGCCCAAGAAAUCAUCCUGCGCAGGGAGACCUUCUACACUGGAGCCUGCAAGGACACUAAAGAGAAACUUUACAGAGUAGAGAGAGGCAAAGGAGAGAAACCCUUCCGACCAGACCUGUCACUGGAAAUGGUGGGAGAAAGAGAAAUGGAAGUGUAUACACUAGUGAAAAGCUGCUGGGAGGAGGAUCCAGAAAAAAGGCCUGACUUUAAGAAAAUUGAGAACACUCUGGCCAAAAUAUGCAGUAACUACCACGGCCAGACCAAUGAAAGCUACAUGGAUACCUUGAUCCGGCGUCUGCAGCUGUAUUCCCGUAAUCUGGAGCACCUGGUGGAGGAAAGGACAGAACUGUACAAAGCAGAGAGAGACAGAGCAGAUAGGCUUAAUUUCAUGUUACUUCCAAGGCCAGUAGUAAAAUCUUUGAAGGAAACUGGCCUAGUAGAACCAGAGCUAUUUGAAGAAGUCACUAUCUACUUUAGUGACAUUGUUGGCUUCACCACACUCUGCAAAUACAGCACCCCAAUGGAAGUGGUAGAUAUGCUCAACGAUAUCUACAAGAACUUCGACCACAUUCUUGACCAUCAUGAUGUUUACAAGGUUGAGACCAUUGGUGAUGCCUACAUGGUGGUGAGCGGUUUACCGAAGAGGAAUGGCAAUCGCCAUGCAGUGGACAUCUCUAUGAUGGCUCUGGACAUCCUCAGCUUCAUGGGAUCCUUUGAACUGCGACAUCUGCCAGGCUUGCCUGUCUGGAUUCGCAUUGGAAUUCACUCUGGUCCAUGUGCAGCUGGUGUGGUUGGAAUAAAAAUGCCUCGCUACUGUUUAUUUGGAGAUACGGUGAACACAGCUUCACGGAUGGAAUCCACAGGCUUGCCUUUAAGGAUUCAUGUAAAUGGUUCCACUAUUGCCAUCCUGAAAAGAACAGGCUGCCGGUUCCAAUAUGAAACAAGAGGAGAAACAUACUUGAAGGGCAGAGGAACUGAGGUUACUUACUGGUUGACGGGCUCUGAGGACAAGGAAUAUAAUCUCCCAACACCUCCUUCUGUGGAGAAUCAGCAGCGGUUACAAGCUGACUUAGCAGAGAUGAUAACUAAGACCCUUCAGAAGCGGGAAGCUGAAGGGUUCAAGCAGCGGGAGCUUUCACGGGUACCCAGCUACCGAACAGGUACCCUAGAAUACUUGCAACUGGCCAGCACAGAUAAGUCUACCACAUAUCUUUAA